AAAUUGAAAAGUAUGUCAGCCCCACGAGGAAAACUCAAAAGGUUCAAGGCGUAGGCUUCUACCAACUGAGUCUCAUUUAAUUCGUCAGAGUUUAAGAAAAAGGUUAAGCAAAAGGAUGGAGAGACUGUGAAGGAAAGCAAAGCUAGAGAGAGCGGUUUCAACUUUCAAGCCUACUAUGAACAACAUUUUAUUAAAUAAUAUAUUUAACAAAUUGCUUUUAAUUUGUUGGUGUAAUCUUUUCGUCUCCCCAUAUCUUUUUUGUAAGUUCAUUAUGACUCUAUACAGAAAGAUACUUUUAGUAAAAAAUUAAAUAAAAAUAAAUUACAAUAAUUACAUAAUAAAUUUAUUAUAUCAUGUAUAUUAAGAGGAUGGUAGUGUGUUGUGUAUAUACACACAAAUAAUAAAAAAAUAAAGAGAAACAAAAUAAAUGCUACAAACUACAAAGUCUAAAAAUUAGAGUUGAGAAGUAUUAAUGGCGAAGUGUAUGGUGGCAGAUACACAUUGAAGAAGUGCAAUAAAAGGGUGAUUGUUUCAGUUGGGUAGGUCUACCUUUCAUAAUUUCAAACCACACCCCCCUCUCCUCUAUCUCAUACAAACUCCCCCUCAUUCAAUCCCAAAUAUUAAAUUCUUCAAACUGCAUAACUAGCAGAGUUCAUCAAUACAUGAAUCAAAUGCACUCAAUCAUGAUCUUCAUGAUGCUGAAAGCUCAAAACAAUCUCUGAGCAACACCUUUGUUAUAAAUUCACCUCACCAACUUUUCCCUCUUUAUCAUUAAUAUUUUCACCACAGAAACUUAGAAACAAAAAACAAGUCAUUUUCCACUUUUUCCUUUCAACCUCUUGUUUUUUGAGCAUGGUAAUGCACAUGAAAAUCACAUUGUUCUAUUUGUGUUUUUUGUAUUUCUUGGCUGAAUCAUCAUCAUCAUCAUCAUCACCAUCUUCUUCAUCAUUCACUAUCCAAAAUUACACAAGGUAUAAACAAAUCAGUAGCUUGAGGCUUGAGAGGAUUAAUAAGCACUUGGAAAAUAUUAACAAGGUUCCUGUUCUAACCAUAGAGAGCCCAGAUGGAGAUCUUAUAGAUUGUGUCCAUAAGAGAAAACAAUUAGCUUUGGAUCACCCACUUUUAAAAAAUCACAAGAUCCAGAAAGUGCCGAGUGAAAUGCCAAAAGGAAUGAAAGUGAAGAAAGACGACAAUGGUGAUAGCAAUAAUCAUACUAAGACUAAUGUGUGGCAAAUGUGGCACCGAAAUGGAACUAGAUGUCCUAAGGGGACUGUUCCGAUACGGAGGAGUACGGUGCAUGAUGUGUUGAGAGCGAAGUCUUUGUAUGACUAUGGAAAGAAACAACGGACACAAAUUCCGGUUGCUCGCCGGAGUGAUGCCCCGGAGCCUGAUAUACUUGCCGCCGGUAAUGGUCAUGAGCAUGCGAUAGCAUACACAGGAUCAUCAUCACAAGAGAUGUACGGUGCAAAAGCAUCGAUAAGUGUGUGGGACCCAUCAAUUGAAGUGAUUAACGAAUUCAGUCUCUCGCAAAUUUGGGUUCUUUCUGGAUCGUUUGAUGGUCCUGAUCUUAACAGCAUUGAAGCUGGAUGGCAGGUCAGUCCGGAGCUUUAUGGUGACACUAGACCUAGAUUAUUCACGUAUUGGACGAGUGACUCUUAUCAAGCAACUGGAUGUUACAAUCUUCUUUGUGCUGGAUUUAUUCAAACCAAUAGCAAAAUAGCAAUUGGAGCUGCAAUUUCUCCUGUCUCUUCUUAUGCUGGCAACCAAUAUGACAUUUCAAUCCUCAUUUGGAAGGAUCCAAAAGUAGGAAAUUGGUGGAUGAGUUUUGGCGACAACACAUUGGUAGGAUAUUGGCCGGCAGAGCUAUUCACACAUCUCGCCGGUCACGCCACAAUGGUGGAAUGGGGUGGCGAGGUGGUGAACUCACGCUCCAACGGCCGACACACCUCCACCCAAAUGGGCUCCGGCCAUUUCGCGGGAGACGGAUUCGGGAAAGCGAGCUACUUUCGCAACCUCGAGAUUGUGGACAUUGAUAACACUCUUAGCUCAGUGCAAAGCAUUUCAACGCUAGCUGAAAAUACAAACUGUUAUGAUAUUCAAAGCUCGUAUAGUAACGAAUGGGGUACAUAUUUCUAUUAUGGUGGACCUGGGAAUAAUCCUCAGUGUCCAUGAUUUUUAGUUGAGUACAUAUAAAUUCAGUUGGACACGUAUAGUUUGGUUUCGAAUUUGUCCCAGGUUGUUGAAGUAAUGUUUUAUUUUCUUGUUACAUUCUUUACUUGUACGUAAUUAAAGAAUUAUUGUUCUGCUGUUUGCAUUCUUGUUUGGUUUUUUUUGGAAGUAUAUGUGAAUAAGCAGAACACAAAAACUUGGUAAGAAAUGGCAAAUUUUGAAUUUGUGAACUUUUAUAUACAUGCUAUAUUUUCACCUUACUUUCCCUUCUCAAUAUAUACUAAGUUGCUAUAGAUAGUUUUUCUUAUAAGCAAAGAGGAUGUAUUAAAAUCAAGUAAAGGCUAACUCAUCCCUACAAGUCAGGCGGUUUUGUAGGGAUGGGUUAGGCCCAACCACAUUUUUUAACAAAAGAAUACUCAAUCCAAUACAAAAGAAGGAAGUUUAGGAAGCAAAAAGCUACUAGAUACAAGAAACCGAACUGGAAGCCUAAACACUAAAAUCAACUAUAACAUUGAAUUUACAAGUUGCCCCGAACCAAUCCUG